AUGGUUGUGGUCAGUGACGUCUUUCCGCUAGUUCACACGCUUUUGAUCGACGCAGGCUUAAAAAAAUCAGCAGCCACAUUCGCUAAAGAAGCAAAAUUACAGUCGAAGGCUUUUAAAAGGGAGCAUGAUCUACUUGACGUGUACAAUUUCUAUUUGACACACAAGAUGAAUAUUGGAGAGAAAUCGAAUGUGUCAGUGGACGUGGCUAAGAGUUCAAAAAAGAAGAAAAAACGAAAGAGCAACGACAAUGAAAUUGUUGAUCCAUUAAAGGACUCGAAAAAGGUGGUAAAUGAUAAGGAGAUUGACAAAAUGUCGAAGAAUAUUGUACAAAAAGUGGUGAAGACAGAGACAAAGCAUAAGGUUGCGACAAAGAAAAAGGGUGUUCACUUGGAUUCGGAUGUCAAGUCAGAAGAUAGACCGAAAAAAGCGUCGACAAAGAGUGCAAUUGUCAAUAAAGAAGAGUCGAGGACCGAUGACUCAUGUGAAUCUGACGAUUCGUCGGAUGAAGAAGUCAGGAAAGUAGCCAAAGGAACUGCAAGUAUUGUAAAGAAGACUCAAGAUGAAGAGAGUGAUUCGUCAAGUUCAGAAGAUUCAUCAAGUUCAGAAGAUUCGUCGGAAUCAUCAGAUUCUUCCGAUGAAAAGAUGAUCAAAUCGAAUAAGCGGAAGGCUGUAACUUCUGUUGCUCAGGAAAAUACGAAAAAGUCAAAGCAUGAUGACAAGUCUAGCUCAGAUGACAGUUCAUCUUCAGACAGCUCAUCUUCAGACAGCUCAUCUUCAGAUUCGGAGUCGGAUUCAUCGGAAGAUGAAGAAGUUUUGAAGAAGGAAGCUGCACGUCGAGAAGCGGCUACUAAAGCUGCUCUUGAAUGGCAGCCUAAGAAGAUUGCAAAGGUGGUCUCAAAAGAGAAAGCGGUUGGGACUCCAUUUCAGCGUGUGGACGGUGAGUUCUGGUCGCAGAAGAUUGCGGACGAUACACUUCGUGACAACAGUUACGAAGGCACUUUUGGCUCGGAUGGUGUCGGAGUAAAGGCGAACAACAAGCUAUUAAAGACACGUGGCAAAGACUUUAUUAAAGGCAAGAACAAACUCAAGCGUUCCACAUACAUGUGUGGUGCUAUCAGCAUGGCGUCCAAUUCGUUUAAGUUUGAGGAUUAG